GGGGCGGGAACAGCCAGCUCCCUGCCAGGAGUCAAAAAACGAAAGCACUUCGGCUGAGACUAAGUUUCAAGUCAGGACUCCGAGGAGACCAGUGUGCCAGCUCGCCAGCUCUGGAACCUGGGAGGCUGGGGAGAGAUUCUGGCCCCUCCUGCCCAACCACUGGGGACUGAGUGGGAGCACAGAUGAGGUGUCUGCCCCCCCCUUGGGGGGGGCAGGACAGGGCCUAGGGCCUGGGUGCCACCUGGCACCUGGAAGAUGCCUGUGCCUUGGUUCCUGCUGUCCUUGGCACUGGGCCCAAGCCCCAUGGUCCUCUCUCUGGAGAGGCUUAUGGGGCCUCAGGAUACUGCUAACUGCUCUCUGGGCCUCUCCUGCCACCUGUGGGAUGGUGACGUACUCUGCUUGCCUGGGAGUAUCGAGCCUGCCCCAGGACCUGUGCUGGUGCCCACACGCCUACAGACAGAGCUGGUGCUGAGGUGUCAUCAGGAGACCGACUGCAACCUCUGUGUGCGCGUGGCCGUCCACUUGGCUGUGCGUGGCCACUGGGAAGAGCCUGAAGAUGAGGAGCAAUUUGGAAGAGCAGCUGACCCAGAGCUUGAAGAGCCUAAGAAUGCCUCUCUCCAGGCCCAAGUCGUGCUCUCCUUCCAGGCCUACCCUACUGCCCGCUGUGUCCUGCUGGAGGUGCAAGUGCCCGCUGCCCUCGUGCAGCCUGGUCAGUCUGUGGGCUCUGUAACAUUUGACUGCUUCGAGGCUGCUCUAGGAGCUGAGGUGCACAUCUGGUCCUACACUCAGCCCAGGUACCAGAAGGAACUCAAUUUCAUACAGCAGCUGCCUGAUUGCAGGGGGCUCGAAGUCCAGGACAGCAUCCAGAGCUGCUGGGCCCUGCCCUGGCUCAACGUGUCUGCAGAUGGUGAGGAUGUGCACCUGGUGCUGGAUGUCUCUGAGGAACAGCACUUCGGCCUCUCCCUGUACUGGAACCAGGUCCAGGGCCCUACAAAACCCUGGUGGCACAGAAACCUGGUGUGGCCUCUGGAACCUGACUCCGUGAGAACGAGCAUCUGCCCAUUUAAGAAUGAUACCCGCGCACACCGUAACCUCUGGCGGGCUGCCCGGCUGCAGCUGCUGCCCCCGCGGGGCUGGAGGCUGGUCGCGCCAUGCUCGCUGCCCGCCGCCGAGGCCGCACUGUGCUGGCAGGCACCGGGCAGGGGCUCCUGCCAGCCGCUGGUCCCACCGCUGCCCCGGGAAAAUGUCACUGUGAACGAAGCCCUGGAGUUCCCUUUGCUGGAAGGCCACCCCAACCUCUGUGUCCAGCAGGUAAGCAGUGGGGAGAAGCUGCAGCUGCAAGAGUGCUUGUGGUCUGAUUCUCUGGGGCCCCUCAAGGAUGAUAUGCUGCUGGUGGAGACACGAGGCCCCCAGGACAACAGAUCAGUCUGUGCCUUGGAACCCAGUGGUUGCACCCCACUGCUCAGCAGGGCCUCCACGAGGGCAGCUCGCCUUGGAGAGCAGUUACUACAAGACCUGCAGUCAGGACAGUGUCUGCAGCUGUGGGAUAAUGACCUGAGAGCACUAUGGGCCUGCCCCAUGGACAAGUAUAUCCACCAGCGCUGGGCCCUGGUGUGGCUGGCCUGCCUCGUCUUUGCUGCUGUGCUUUUCCUUCUCCUCCUCCUCAAAAAGGACCAUGUGAAAGGGUGGCUGAGGCUCCUGAAGGAGGAUGUCUACUCGGGGGCGGCCGCCAGGGGCCGCGCCGCUCUGCUGCUGUACUCGGCCGACGACGCGGGCUUCGAGCGCCUCGUCGGCACCCUGGCGUCGGCGCUGUGCCAGCUGCCGUUGCGCGUGGCCGUGGACCUGUGGAGUCGACGUGAGCUGAGCGCGCAGGGGUCCUUGGCCUGGUUCCACGCACAGCGGCUCCAGAUCCUGCAGGAGGGCGGCAUGGUGAUCUUGCUCUUCUCGCCCGGGGCCGUGGCGCUGUGCCAGGAGUGGCUGCAGGACGGAACGUCGGCGGCGCCCGGGGCGCACCGCCCGCACGACGCCUUUGCCGCCUCGCUCAGUUGUGUGUUGCCCGACUUUUUGCAGGGCCGGGCGCCCGGCCGCUACAUCGGGGCCUACUUCGAGGGCCUGCUCCACCCGGAUGCCGUGCCCGCCCUGUUCCGCGCCGUGCCAGUCCUCGCCCUGCCCUCCCAGCUGCCCGACUUCCUGCGGACUCUGCAGGAGCCCGGCGCCGCCCGCCCCGGGUGGCUCUCGAACAGGGCGGAGCGAGUGUCUCGAGCCCUUCAGCCCGCCCUGGACAGCUGCCUCCUGCCCCCGGGGGCCCAGGAGACAGGACUCGAGAUGGCACCCGAGGCGGGGGACAGGACUUGAAUAAAGGCAGACGCUCUUUUUCUAUCCA